AUGACUAAAGAUCGAUUGCCUGCUUUGCGGGCUGCUCAACAUGGUGAAGACAGCGAUCCAGAUGCUGCCUAUGCCGCCAUUAAUAUGGAAGAUAAUAGUCGAUUUAUGUCCGAUUUUUUUGCUCAUAUCGAUUCAUUACGUAUAAAUAUUGAUAAAAUAAGUGAACUUGUUGAAGAAGUAAAACGUCUUCAUUCAACAAUAUUAGCUGCACCACAAGCUGAUGAUCGAACGAAAGAAGAACUUGAAGAAAAAAUGGCUGAUAUUAAAAGAAUAGCUAAUGAUGUUCGAUUAAAAUUAAAAAAAAUGGAACAAGAACAAGAACAAUCACAAACAUCAGCAACCAGAACUCAAGCACAAUUACGAAUUGAAAAAUCACAGUUAUUUGUUUUAACACAACAAUUUCGUGAUGUUAUGAAUAAUUAUAAUCAAGUUCAGUUGGGUUAUCGACAAAAAUGCAAAGAAAGAAUACAGCGACAGCUUGAGAUCACCGGACGUUCCGUAACUGAAGGAGAAGUUGAAGAAAUGCUUGAAUCUGGAAAUCCAGCUGUAUUUACACAAGGCAUUAUGGUCGAAACAGCACAAGCUAAACAAUCACUUGCUGAUAUUGAAGCACGACAUGGUGAUAUUAUGAAAUUAGAAAAAAGUAUCAGAGAAUUACAUGAUAUGUUUAUUGAUAUGGCUGCACUUGUUCAAACACAAGGUGAAAUGAUUGAUCGAAUUGAAUAUAAUGUUGUGCAAUCAGAAAAUUUUGUCAAAGCUGCAAGUACAGAUACGAAAAAAGCUGUUAAAUUUCAAAGUGCAGCUAGACGGAAAAAAAUUCUACUUAUUCUAUGUUUAAUUAUAACGGUGGUUAUUAUUGUACUUAUAAUUGUUAUUUAUUUUGUCGUAACGAAAAAGAAUUCCUCAAGUGAUCCUGUAGCAACAACUAUAGCAGCAACUAUUGGACCAGGAUAG